GACGGAAGUUAUUCUGUCUCACGUCCCAAGCUGUUUUGUUUUCUCAUGGGGAAGUGGAUUCACCUCUUCUUGUUGUGGUUGGUGGGCUUCAAAUCUCCUCAUACAGAUCAAGGACUCGAUCGCGUUGUGUGUUCGGAGUAGAACGUGUAUUUAACGCCAGAGGACUCCGGUCAGUGUCCUCCUCUCCAGCUGUGUCCGUCUGACAGGUUCAGCUAAGGCCGGGGAAGCAGGACAUUGAACGUAGCACAGAUGUUGCUGAAGAAGAGAGGCCACGCGUGUCUGAUAGCCUCCGGUAUGGGCACGCUGGUCUUGUUGAUGAUGGUACUGUACGGGACCAUCGGCUCCCAGUCGGGCAGCAGCUCCAGCCUCAGACGGGACUACCAGCUGCUGGGCAGACCUCUGUACAAGCUGGACCUGGGCUGGCCCCGGAACCCGGAGCUCUUCACCGGGGACGUGUUUGCUGUGGCAGUCGACCAGUAUGCUGGUGUAGUGUAUGUGGCACAGAGAGGUGAUGGUGUGCCCAAGGUGCUGGUGUUCACUACAGAUGGAGAUCUCCUCAUGUCCUGGAACAAUACCACACUGGAGAUGCCUCAUGGGAUAUUUUUAGCAGAUGCAGCCUCAUUAAACCCCACUCUGUGGAUCACAGAUGUGGGGAAUGGCCCGCACGGCCACAGCAUCAAACAGUACUCGUCAUCAGGGAAGCUCCUUCAGGUGCUUGGCACACCAGGGCACCCAGGUUCUUCAUUGAACCCUCUGCAGUUCGACCAGCCAGCUGAGAUCUUCGUCCAUAGCUCCGGGGAGAUGUACAUUGUGGACGGUGAUGGUGGAAUGAACAACCGCCUCAUCAAGCUUUCUAAAGAUCGGGAGGUGUUGUGGAUGCACGGAGAGAAAGGACAAGGCCUGGCUCAGUUCUACAUCCCCCACAGCGUGACUGUGGAUAACAACCUGAGGGUGUGGGUGGCCGACAGGGGCAACAAGAGGAUCCAGGUCUUUAACUCCAUCACAGGAGACUGGCUUGGGACGUGGGGGAGCUGCUUCACGGAGGACGCGCCCUACUCCGUACGUCUGACCCCCGACAAGAAGUACUUUGUUGUUGUCCAGCUCCACACCAAUCAGAUUUCCCUGCUGGACGCACCACCAGGGGGUUUAAUUGGCCAGUGCAAUGUGGUCAGUGUGAUCCAGCUGGCUGAUGAUGUGAAGCCCCACCUGGUCGACCUGGACCUAAAGACUGGAGCUCUGUAUGUGGCUGAGAUCGGAGCUCAGCAGGCUCAGAAAUUCACCCCCUUCAGUCUGGGUGGGAGUUUCCUGUAGAGCUGUACUGGGCUUUAAGUGAAGAAUUAAAAAUGGCAGAAUCAAUUUUGAAAACUGUGGAAAUUAUCAGAAUGAAAUAAUUAACUUUAAAAUGGACAAAACAUUUUUACACAAAUUCAAAUGUAAUUUGCAGUCAUGUGAAUCCAGUUACCUGCAUAUCUCUGGACUGGGAGGAAGCAGAGUAGCAGGCACAACCUACACAGACACAGAAAUAACAUGCAAAAUCCACAGAAAUGUGAAAUGGUUCAGCUCAUAUCACACUCAUAUCAUCACAUUAAAUAUAGUGAAGUCAAAGACAGAGGCUCGUGUUUAUGGGCUUGUGGUGCCUGGUAGUCCAAUUCAAAAAUCCACCCACAAUGCAAGACUAUCAGAAUAAUAUUAGACUUACUUAAAGUAAUCGUAAUCGGGAAAGGUCCCCUGACUAAGCAUUUGCUGGUGUAAACAAUCCAUAAUAUUCAGUAUUUACCUCUGCAAUGUAAUUAAAACCAGUGACAAAUAAGUAUUUAUUUGACAGUAAAAUAAUGUAUUGUUUAAUUCAGAGUCCAUCCUUUAGUCUUAGGAAAAUGCUCAUGUAAAGUUUGAAACAUAACGACUUCUACUAAAAUAAAUGAAUAUGCAGAUAAAUAAAGCAGGUUUCUCCACAACAAAUAAGGGCAUCAUGAUAUUUGUUGUUCUUAUAAACUAAUAGUUAUCAAUAACUGCUAAAUUAACAUAUGGUUGAUGAGUAUACGGUUUUGUGAAGUUAUGUGCCAUUCUUAUUACUUUCCUUGACAUUGCAUUGCUCAGACCUUCUCUUAAAGGGAUAGUUCACCUAAAAUUGGAGGCACGUUGUGUUUAUUUUCUCUUGUUUUGGACGUUUGAAGAACGAGUCACCACUUACUUCAAUUAUAUUGGAUUUGGCUGCAACGCUGUUUACACCUUAAACUCUUCACCCACCCCUCCAUCGGCAUAGUGGGGAGUAGAUAAUGAGUGACUUGUCAUUUUUGGAUGAACUAUCCCUUUAAGCCGAGGCUUUCCUCCACUGCAGACACUUUAAAACCCUUUUGUGCUUUUUGCCAGUUCAGCCUUUAAAGGACUAUGUGGAGUUGUCCUGUCAACAAACAAACGUUUUGAACCAGGUAGGUAUUGAACUCCUGCAUUGUUUAUAGCCAUAUUUCCUAGUUUGCAGUUGUCUUCCUGCAGGGAUAUUCCUUGUCGUGUUACCGCCACUCGUGAUCAGGAAUAUCGUGAUGCAAUUGGGAUGACUGUGCAUUGCGCCACAUUGUGUGUGUGGCCCAGAGACAAAACAGGGACCCACAAUGCUACUAUAGGUCUAAAACUCAACAGGGAACCUGUUUAAAAACGUUUGUAUGAUUGUAUGGGUGCACAUGUAUAAAAGGCUAGAACUGAACUGUUUUGCACACAGUCUAAUGAGUUGUUGGAAUAUAUCAUUGAACCCAACAGCACUUCAUAAUAGAGAAUUGAUUCAUUCCUGCUGAUGAAUUAUUAUAAUGUAUUGCUUUCUAUCAGCAAUCUUGAUGUAUAUGUAUAUUAUUGUCUCGCUGUAUAUAUCUGUGUUCUGAGAUAAUCAUUACUGUGACAAGUGUAUUGUAAUAACUGUUCACAUGAGAGUUAUUUAACUGAGAUAUUAAGUGAAAUAGAAAGUGAUGCAGGAUUUGAAGUCACUUACUGCUGUUAGUUGGACAGUCCUCCAGCAGAGUGAAGUACAGCAGUGCAGAGGAAACUCUUUUCUGGUAUUCUAGUAAUCUGAACAAAGUAAAUACUCAAAUGUCUCCUGUAAGAUAUGUGUUUCUUAUGGUAAAGGGACACUCAACCAAUCUCCACAUCAACUAAUUUGAAAGGGGCUUUAUCGAAUCAAGGAAAAUGCUGAGAAAAACUAAUCUUACUUCUCUACCUUAAACCACAAAUACACCUUUAAUGAGUAAAAGAGUUAUGUGUUAAAACAAAUUUUGAGGCAUUUCCUAGCAAACAUUUUUUGAUUUCAACCAUUUGUGAGAACAUUCUUAGUUUUUUUCUCAACUCUGUAAAAUGUUACAUUUUAAGACGAUCUGGGAAUAGAUUUGUUUCUGCUUAACUGUAUUUGAAGGAGUUUGGGAUUUUGAAGUUAUCCAGAUGUUCCUAUGUAAUGUUAUUGAUGCUUUUACCAACACUUAAUUAAAAUCCCAAAAUUUAGAGUGAAAGAAAUUCUUGAUUUACAUGUUAAUAAUCAAACCAGACUGUUUUCUGAUGAUGAAUGAAUUAGUGCAUUAUCUUAAAAUAGGAAAGAUGUCUUUGCAGUGUUAUAUUUAAACUGUUUUCUUUUCUUAAUACAAUUGUAAUAUAAGCAUCAUCUGAUUUGUUCCAAAGAUGCACAUUUACUGUUUUAAAAUGAGGUGGUGUUUGGUUGGAAUGGUGUUUGGAUUAAAUCCUAAAUCACA